GAAAUAUUUCUACCUGUUGGCUAUCCGGACAGCGUGAGCCGUGAUUACACAGAAUACCAGAUAUGGGACAGCAUACAAGCGUUUGCGAGCAGCAUCACGGGAACGCUCGCCACCCAAUCCGUGCUGUCGGGCGUCGGAGUCGGGGACCAAGGCGCAUCCGUCUUAGCUGCGACGACUACUUGGAUUCUCAGAGAUGGCACUGGCAUGACAGGACGGAUCCUCUUCGCCUGGUUUCAAGGUUCAAACCUCGACUAUGACUCGAAAAAGUGGAGGCUUUUUGCAGACAUACUGAAUGAUGUUGCCAUAUUCUUGGAGCUCAUGUGCCAGUACUUAAAGGGAUAUGUGACUGCAGUGCUUUGCGUAUCCAGCGUUGCAAAGUCUUUGCACAACAUAGGUGUCGCUGGAGGAGCGACUCGGGCUGCGCUCACUCAGCACCAGGCACGCAGCAACAACAUGGCCGACGUGAGUGCCAAGGACGGCAGCCAGGAGACCCUGGUCAACCUUGCCGCUUUCCUCUUCAGCCUGCUUCUGCUCCGGAUUGUUGCUGGGAACCCAUGGUUACUCUACAGCAUUUUUAUUUCUUUCACACUCCUGCACAUCUUUGCAAACUACCGUGCCGUGUCGUGCGUCGUCAUGGAGACCUUCAACCGAUCUCGUUACGCCAUCGUGGUCAGGCGCUUCUUGGAAACAGCUGGGGACAUUGCACCAGUCGCCUGGGUCAACGCCCGCGAGUCGGUAUGGAUUCAGUGUGGCAAACCAUUUGUCAGCAUCAACCUUGGCGUACCUCUGUCCUCAAUCGCACAGACCAACAAAGAGCUGCAGCGUCGAAUUCAAGAUGCUGCCGGUGAUCGGAAAGCGGAACCCACGUACCUGCUUGCCGUCGUACGAGAUUCGUCGCGGCACUACAACAUCAACGUUGUACUGUCGAGUGAGAGCACAGUGAAAGAUCAGAUGGAGGCCAUGUUUCACGCGUUUGUGCUCGAGGCUAUCCUGCUGAAAUUGAGGGUCGACGCGGACCAUCUGUGGGCAGCAGACAUUGCAGACGUGGAGAACACUGCGGAGGACCUUUCCAGUGACGACCACAGGUUGUUCCAGUCUUCGAGGGCAUUGGUGAACAAGUGCUUUCCGCUGCUCUGGAAGGCCCUUGAAGGCUCAGAGUGGGAGACCAACCGCGCUCUCUUCGGGGCAACGGAGUGGAGGGUGACCUGGUGCGAGGGUGAGACAGUUUCACCGGGCGACACUUUACAUUCCAAGCAGGUGUGAAUUUUGGACCAAUGUUUUCUUUUUGAGAGUACCGGUGGUGGAAAGGCAUGUUUCGCUUUCUACUUUUUCUGUGAUUGACAGUAUGCCAUAUGCAUUAAUAAGACCACAAACUUUUAUACUGUGUCCACUUUUCUGAAUUUCAAGGGCCAUUUUAUGUGAACUGCACAAUAUUUAUCCAUUUUGUUUAACGCAUCAAAAAUUACACCAGGAAACUAUGAUCUCUCUGCAAUUGUUACAUUAAAUGGGCUUGCACACUUAAGUCGGCGUGCAGCAUAAUUGUUUGUCACCUUGGGUUAAUACAUACCGGAGUAUGGUGCUUUGUUUGAGCCUGUCAUCCAUGUGGCAUCACUCAUCAUCUCGGAGACCUGUAAGAAAUGUGUGCUUAGCACAUUGUUCUGAUCACUUUGGUGUGUUCAUUUUGGUGCCUCCAAGUCAGCCGUGACAUCAAACCUGCUGCAUUUGUUGUGCUGUGGAUACGCCAUUACUGGCAUGUGUGACGAAUAUAUGUCAUUGCAAUGCUAGCACACAGGGAAGGCAUUUAGAGUUGGUGUUUUCACGUGCCGUUGCAAAAGUACACAUGCAAUUUAUUUGUCUAAGCAUCAUACUUGGUUCAUUGGGGAAUUUUAAUGGAGUGAAUAAAUCUUUGUUAUUCGAAA